AUGAUGAAUACUGCGCUAAGCUUUUUAUUUUUUGGAUUUUCCCGGGCACUUACUGUUUGGCCCAAGGAGUAUCUCACUACCAGGCAUCUUGAGGGUUCUCAAAUUGAAGAUUUCUUCUCUUCUUCAUAUGAGUACGAAGAAUACGAGUCUGAAACUGAAAUGAACGAUUUUCUUCGAAAGAAAAAGAAGAAGAAAAACUUUCCGGAGCCAACAAUUCCUCCGACUCUUGAAGAAAGAGCUUGCAACCCGAAUUGGGAGGACUGGCAAGACGUAGAAGGGUACUCCUGCCAGGAGCACGAGGACAAAGGCUGGUGCGAAAAAGAUGGCAGUUUCGGGCCAGAAUGGGUCGAGCAGUGGGGACCUUUCAGCAGAUUGGCUGGCGAUGAAGAUUUCAACGCACUUGGAUGCCCUCAGUGUGGAUGCAUCGAAGCGGGAGCAAAAUAUGGAGACCCUCAUUUUCAUAUCAAGGGCAAGGACUUCCUACAGGCGGAUCUAUGCUUCGACAUUGACGGACAGCCGGGUGGUGUGCUCAGACUCGUCGAAGAUUUCGACAGUGGACUAAUAGUCGAUGGCCUCCUUUUCCGGCCCGACGAAGAUUCCAACGCUACUUAUUUCGAGCAGAUCCGCGUAACCAGUCCUAACGGGGUAACUAUUAGUUUUGAUAUUUACGGCUGGCACGUGGAGUCGACAGAAGGACUCAGCCCGAGUUAUUCUUGGGAUCGAAAAAGUACUAAAUUUGGGGAUGUCUAUAUUUCGUUGCCGGAACACUAUCCCCAGGGGAAAAGGGUUAUUUUGGGGAUUGAAAAUGGACCUGUUCUGAGAUUGGAGACGGCGAAUAAUCAUGAGAACGUCAACUUCCGAUUCGAAGAUUCUACUGGUAUAUCUGAUAACUUAGGAGGAGUCAUUGGAGUUUUUAUGCCACUCGGUGCUUAUCAGAUUCUCACAAAAGACCCGUUUUCGAUGGCGGAGGAAGGAGUCGUGCUUGUCAAUUUUGAGGAAGAAGAGGUUUAUGAAGAAGUGUUUUUCCACCGCCAUAAUCGUGACAAGAACUGCUGGACGAUUCCGAAAGAUAAAGCUGCUACUUUUGUUGGGAAGGUUAUUUCGACCGCGAAUAUUUACAAAAGGAAUGCUUGA